AUUUGCAAAUCAAUAGAUGGUACAACCCCACACUCAGUGUCUGGGGCAGCUUAAUGGUGUUACAUCUCAUCUAGAAAUAACUUUAUAUAGCAAAACUUAACAAUUGCUGAGCCAACCAAGCAGGUAAGAAAGACAGGACUCAAGAACAAUUUUAAGCUGCAACUGAAGAAGAUUCAAGGAGAAGCUCCAAGAAGCUGUGGUUCCAAAGACCCGAGAUCCAAAAUACAUCCACUCUAACCACUCAAUGUCGUGUUUCAGUGCUUGAAGUUUCAGCCACCAAUCCAUCCAGAAUCACAAUGCUCUUCCUGAAGCUCACUCUACUCACCUUUAUUGCAUCUCAGGGCUUAUUUGUUUCUGGAGAGAAUAUGAUUACCUGUGAAGGUGAUGUCCAUCGCCUUUCUUGUGACACUGGACUGAUAAAAGUGAAGUCUUCUUUGUACGGCCGUACUGACAACCAUACCUGUAGUUUUAACGGGUUCCUAUCCGAGGCUGUCAAUACCAGCUGUUCCUUGAGGAUUUCCACUAUUGCUGAUAGCUUCUGUUACAGAAAAUUUAUCAACACCUUCCGACCAAUCAGAUUUGAGAAGCCAUUGCUGUGGUGUGUCAAGUUUGGGAGGCGAAGAUGCAAUGGACUAAGAGAGUGUGAGUUAAACACAAGCUUACUUGACACCCCUGACCCAUGUUAUGGAACUUACAAGUACUACAACACCACUUACGACUGCAUCAAUGGCCGGGUUACUGUGAUCUGUGAGCGUGGCUACAGCACACUUGACUGUGGAGACAGUUCUAUUCAGAUCUUAAAUGCAAACUAUGGACGUACUGAUUCAGUAACCUGUUCCAAUGGACACUCUGACAGUUUGACCCAGAACACCAACUGUUAUGCUCAAAACACUCUCUCGGCUGUAGCCUCAUUGUGUAAUGGACAGAAGAGAUGCACUGUAGAAGCUUCAUACACCAUCUUUACCGAUCCUUGCACUGGGACUGUUAAAUACCUCACUGUGUCCUACAUCUGCUCUAGAAAAACUGUGACCUGUGAACAAAAUACUGCUGUGCUGACAUGUGAUGCCCACCAUUUAAAGAUCAUCAGUGCUAACUACGGCCGAACCGAUUCCACCACAUGUUCUUCAGGACGACCUGCCAGUCAAAUCUCCUAUACAAAUUGCAACAUGCCUGAUACAUUAACUAUAGUUGCAGCUAGAUGUGAAGGACAGAGCAGCUGUGAGGUGCCUGCGACAAAUAAUAUCUUCUCUGACCCCUGCUAUGGCACUUAUAAGUACCUGACAAUUGUGUACGUCUGUGACGACCCCGCAAACAAAUCUGCAACAGACAUUGCUCUGCACGUGGUGCACUACACCAAGUUGCAGCUAGGUAACAGAAGUAUUAACCUUUUCAGCUUCAACAUUGACGCAUCCAGCAUCAUGAUGCUCCUGAAGCUCACAUUACUCACCUUACUUAUUGCAGCUCCCGGCAUGCAUGUUUCUGGAGUGAAUUUGCCCUGCACUGCUGAUGGCGAGAACAGCAUGUGUCCAAUAAUUGUUACCUGUGAAGGCGGUACUGCUGUGCUGAAUUGUGGUAAUCGCCGUAUAAGGAUCAUCAGAGCUUUCUACGGCCGAAUUGAUUCCACCACGUGUGCUGCAGGACGACCCCGCAAUCAAAUCGCCAACAGAAGUUGCUCCUCACCUAAAGCAAAAUCUGUAGUUUUUGCUAGAUGUAAUGGAAGGAACACCUGUCAGGUGCCUGCUACCAAUUAUGUCUUCUCUGACCCCUGCUAUGGCACAUAUAAGUACCUGAGAAUUGCGUACGACUGUCGCUAACCAAUAACUUGAAGGAUUCCAGCUUUCUCCCCAAUGGCCUCUCUUCAGCCUGAAAAGGAAUCAGACCAAGUUUGAAAUUUGUCAACCAUGCAGAUGUUAGAGUGCACGAGUUUUGGUGUUGGUGUGCUUCAUAUUUGCAUGUUACAUAAUCAACUGCUGUAAUGAUUUUUUUCCCUCUGAAACUUAAUUUUUUGCUUUUACAUGUACUCACUUUCUUCUAAACUAAUGAACUUUACUAAUGAUUGGGUAAUAAAGUAUCCUCUUUAUGCAAGCAUAA